ACUAUGAUCUAUUCUAUUAUUGCUGGAGCUAUUUAUAUCUCUUUAAAAGCUCUCACAUUUCUCUGUUAGACGCAUCAACACAUUUCAAUAACACACAGAAUUCAGUCGAGUCUGUUUAUACAGAUAGAUCUACGAGACCAGUAAGCAUGGAGUUGUGGAAUUUGUGCAUCAUAUUAUUCAUAUCGGUCUCUCUGGCUAAAGGUUUAGAUCAAUGUGAAGAUUCGUCUGAUACCAACUUCUGUAAUGAAAAUAUUAACGACUGUACACCUAGUGAUAAACAAUACAAAUAUCCCAUGACUGAUAUGGAUGUCAUGUGCAUGAAAACAUGUGGUGUAUGUACAGAAGUUGGUUGCAGUGAAGGAUAUUAUGACGAUUCGCAGAACUCGUGUACGGCCUGUAGCGAGAAUUGCCUUAACGGAAGAUGUAAUCCUGACAACGGCUUCUGUACUGACGCAUGCGACGAUGGCUUUUAUGGCAACACCUGUGACUUCCAGUGUCCCUUGAAUUGUGGGUUGUAUGGUUGCUAUCGUUACACAGGGAUAUGUUAUUAUUGUGAAGAUGGAUGGUAUGGAGAAACGUGCGAUAUAGCAUGUGACUGCCCUCAUGGAUGUAACCAGGUGACGGGUGAAUGUGGUUGUCAAGGUGGAUUUGGAGAAGUAAGUUACUAUGGGACCGCGUGUGUUUUGGAAUGUAGUGCUAAUUGUCACCAUGGGUGUGAUAAGUUAACCGGUAGAUGUAACUACUGUAAUGAAGGCCUAUUUGGAGAACAGUGUGACCAGAUGUGUUUGGGGUGUGAUUUUGGCUGUUUCAGUGACCAGAUUGGCGGCACGUGUUAUUAUUGUGGAGAAGGCCAGGCGUGGGAUUAUUGUGAUCGAAUAUGUCCUGCAGGUUGUCAUGGAAACGUUUGUGAACGCAAUGGCUAUUGUCAUAAUUGCAAAGUGGGUUUCUUUGGUGAUUAUUGUCUUGAUUUUUGUCCUGGUAACUGCCUUGGCCCAUGCAAUAGAACUAACGCUCAAUGUAGGGAAUGUAUAGUCGGUUUCUAUGGUGAUCAUUGUACUGAGGGUUGUCCUGGUAACUGCCUUGGUCCAUGUAAUAAAAUUGACGCUAAAUGUAAGGACUGUAAAAUCGGUUUCUUUGGUGACUUUUGCACUAAGAGUUGUCCGAGCAACUGUCUUGGACCAUGCGACAGACUUGACGGCAAAUGCCGAGACUGUAAAAACAAUAUGGCGGGCGAUUUCUGCAUUCUUCCUUGUAGCAUCGGUUGCAAAUCGAAUGGAAAUCAAAGGCGGUGUUAUCAAGAUGGUGCAUGCGUAUCUAAAUGUGUUGAUGGUUUCUACGGCAAAAUGUGUGACCUUGAAUGUGCAUGUAAGGUCGGGUGUGAUCAGAAAACUGGCGAAUGUAGCACCUGCACACCCGGUACCUAUGGUGAUACAUGUAAUAGGUUAUGUGGCACUACAUGUGUUGAUGGGUGUAGUCCAACUUCCGGUCAGUGUCAUAAAUGCCAGAGUGGUUACUAUGGUGAACAAUGUAAUAUGUUAUGUAGAGCCACCUGUAGGGGUGAAUGUGACCAAAUAUCGGGUAAUUGUAGCAAGUGUAUUCGUGGUCACUAUGGUGACAAAUGCCAUAAUUUAUGUCGAGUUACCUGCAUUGAAGGGUGCGAUAAAGUAUCGGGUGAUUGUGUUUCUUGUAUUCAGGGUCACUAUGGCAGCAAAUGCGGUAAGUUAUGUAGAGGCACGUGUGAAGGAGGGUGCGAUAAAGAAACGGGGAGAUGCGUUCAAUGUGCAAGUGGUUUCUAUGGCGAAAUAUGCAAUAAAGAAUGUAUCACAAAUUGUAAAUGUCACCAUGAAAGUGGGGAAUGCAACGCUUGCGUGAGUGGUUACUAUGGUGAUGUAUGUAACAUCCCAUGCGCCGCCACCUGUGAUUACGGCUGUGAUAGGGCGACAGGUAAAUGCAUCAGGUGUUAUACUGGUUACUAUGGUGACAUGUGCGAGGGUGUGUGUAACGCCAACUGUAAUGGUGGUUGUGACAGAGAGGGGGCUAAAUGUUACAGCUGCAUAAUCGGUUUUUAUGGUGACGAAUGUGAGCAUGAAUGUAAUUCCAACUGUUAUGGUGGAUGUGACCGGAAGGGAGGAAAAUGUAACAGCUGUAAGACUGGUUUCUAUGGUGAAACGUGCGAGAACUCGUGUAAUUCUAACUGUAUUUCCGGAUGUGACAGACUAGAUGGUAAAUGUGACAGUUGUGUCAGUGGUUACUAUGGAGAUACGUGCAAUGAAAUCUGCAGUUCAACAUGUAAAUCUGUUGUCGGUAAAAUAACUCCUAUUUGUUACCAGUCCAAUGGAACGUGCAUUGAAGGAUGUCAACCCGGUACAAGGGGAGAUAACUGUGGAGAUGAUUGUGAACAUGGUUACUAUGGUGAUGGCUGUUCUAGUAAUUGUGGUAACUGUUAUGAUAAUAAACAGUGUGAUUCUGUUACUGGCAAUUGUGGUAUAGAGGGAUGCAAGGAUGGUUUUACAGGACCAAAAUGUGACAUCGAGGCUGGAUGUGAGGAUGGGUAUUAUGAAGAUCCAGGUAACUCGUGUACUGCAUGUAGUAAGAACUGUCAACUAGGCACCUGCAAUCCUGUUAACGGAUAUUGUACUUAUGGUUGUAUAGCUGGAUAUUACGGUAAUAACUGUGAACAGAAAUGUGAUACAAAAUGUUACAUGGAUUCAUGUUAUCCUGAUACGGGCAGAUGUUACGUCUGUAAAUCUGGUUGGUAUGGUGACAUGUGCGAUCAAAGAUGUAACUGUCGCAACGGAUGUAACCGAGAGAACGGAAGAUGCAACUGUCAGACACAUCAUCAUACCAGUAGUCAAAUAAGUUAUUACGGAUCUUCGUGUCGACAGAAAUGUAGUGAAUACUGUUUCUACGGGUGUGAUAAAUAUAGCGGUAGGUGUCACACGUGUGUUGAAAAGAAAUAUGGCGACAAUUGUGAUAAGAAUUGUUCAAAUUGCCACCAAUGUUACAACGAUCAAGAUGGUGGCACCUGUGAUAGUUGUGAAGCCGGGCAAUACGGAGAUAAAUGCGACUUAAAAUGUCCUGAAGGUUGUGAAGGUGGUGUAUGUUCAAGAGAUGGCCGUUGCCAUAGUUGUAAGUUGGGUUACUAUGGUGACCAAUGUACUGCCAGUUGCCCCAGUAACUGUCUAGAUUCCUGUGGUAGAAUUGACGGAAAAUGUAAGGAUUGUAAAUUUAAUAUGGCCGGCGACUUCUGCAAUCUUACUUGUAGCGAUAGAUGCUUAUUGCGGCAAAAUCAAAGGCGGUGUUAUCAAAAUGGUACAUGCGUACUGAAAUGUGUUGAUGGUUUCUAUGGUGAAAUGUGUAAUAUGCCAUGUAGUUCUAAAUGUGAUUACGGCGGAUGUGAUCAACAAACCGGAAAAUGCAAUCGGUGCAUUAUGGGUUACUAUGGUGACACAUGCAAUAUGCUAUGCAGAACCACGUGUGAUGGAGGGUGUAAACAAUCGCUGGGUGAAUGUAUUAAAUGUCAUAACGGUUACUAUGGCGCCAACUGCGAAAGGUUAUGUCGUGUUACAUGUGAUAGGGGAUGUGACAAAGAAUCCGGUAAAUGUAACUACUGUCUCCGUGGUCACUAUGGCGACGACUGUAGCAUAUUAUGUAGAGUGACGUGCGUUGGCGGAUGUGACAAAAUAGCUGGCAAAUGUAACAGCUGUAUGCACGGACACCAUGGUGACAAAUGUAAUAGGUUAUGUAGAGUUACGUGUGAAGGUGGGUGUGACAAAGUUACUGGUAAAUGCCGUGAGUGUUUGAGUGGUUACCAUGGAGACACGUGUGAUUUAAAAUGUGAUAAACAUUGCAUUUGUGAAAAGGACAACGGGAAAUGUAUAACGUGUAAGACUGGUUACUAUGGUGACAGUUGUGGCUACAAAUGUAGCUCCACGUGUGAAGAAGGAUGUGAUAGGACAAGUGGAAAAUGUAUAAAAUGUUAUGACAGUUACUAUGGUGACAGGUGCGAGGAGGUGUGUAAUUCCAAUUGUCAUGGUGGUUGUGAGAGAACGGGGGGUAAAUGUAACAGCUGUAAAACUGGUAACUAUGGUGACUACUGUAAUGAAGCUUGUAGUGUAAAUUGUAAAGAGGUAGACGGUACAACGACUCCGGCCUGUUUCCAGAAGAAUGGAACCUGUACUGACGGAUGCCAACCUGGCAGAAGGGGAGAUUACUGUGAGAUAGAUUGUGAAAAUGGUUACUAUGGAGAUGGCUGUUCUAGCAAUUGCGGUAACUGUUAUGAUAAUACACCAUGUGAUGUCGUCACUGGUAGAUGUGGUGCGGUAGGCUGCCAAGAAGGAUUUACAGGGCCAAAAUGUGACGUCGAGGACGUUCUGUAUACUGGUUGAAGACCAACUAGUUCGAGACUACCAGUGUUAUAUAUUAUCCCGCGUAGAAUGAAGUGAAGAGUGGAAUACUGAAACUGGAUUCAUCCUUCUGUCCGGCUUUCCUUCCGUUCUCGUCGUUUUUUCGGGGCAUAUCUCAUAAACCGUCCAAGAUAUCUUUAUAACACAUGAUACGACAUCAACUUAAACAUACAUUAUGCAAGAGCUAAAUCUGCCUAUUGCAGGUCUUUCUUUAAGCCUAAAAUGAUAUCUAUAUUAAAAUUAGACAUUAAUUAACUUAUCCAGACCAUAAUCAACUCUCGAUGUCAUGGCUAGCCUGCUAUGUUUACUGGAUUUGAAUCCGAUUUACUGCUCAACGCUCAUUGAUUUAAUCAAUUUAAAAGUGGAUAAUCGAGGCUAUUUUUUUUAUCGUCCCGACGUUAGUAAUGAUGAUCGAGGCUAGGCCUAAAAUUCAAAAGCAAAUAUCUCGAUUCAGAGUAGAUCAAUUUGACUGAAAUUUUCAGCAAAUUCCCUUUACAUUAUCUAGUUAUUAACUAUUAUAGUGAGAACUGUCAGCUCUUUAUCAAAUCUUCCAUAAUACCCCUUUAAUAUAUAAAUUGGAGAGUUCUCGGAAUUAAUCACCAUGGAAACAGAUGUGACUUAGUGUUUGGUAUAUAAUUAUUAUUCUGGAACAGAAGCGAUUCAUUAUGUCAUUAUAAAACUUUGUACAUGUCUAUUAAAAUAGUUAGCUGAUUUGACAAUGCGGGGAUCCACGACCGAAUAGUUAGCGGAUGCGCGCUGUAUGGUCUGUCAUUGAGUCAACUGGCGUGGUUUCGAUUUCCCGGUUGUACGUGACAAGGAGUAGGGUCGCCUGUACAUCUUCGUGGGUUUUCUCCGGGUCCUCCGGUUUCCUCCCACGGCUAAGCGAAUUAUUGAAAUAAAAUUAAACCAUAUGUUAGUCCCGAAAUGACCUAUUUUGUGUCGAGUGGACGGUAAACCCCAUUUCUUUCUCUCUGAUUUGACAAUAGUUUAAUACAUGUUGUGUUUCUUUGAAAACACAAUAAACGUAGUUUUUGUAUAUUAUAUAUACAUUUACAGCAUAUUAUUCUGGAACACAUCCCCGGAACCAUUCAAGACCUUUGUGAAUCUUUAUGAAUUUUUGUUCCAAAUUGUAACAUCUAGAACUAACCAUUUAAACAUACAGUCUGCAUAAGCUAAAUCUGCCUAUUGCAGGUCUUUCUUUAGGUCUUAAAUGUUUUCUAAAUUAUUAAUUAGACAUUAAUUAACUUAUCCAGGCCAUAAUCAACUCUCGAUGACAUCGGAUUUCUUCGAUAUUAAACAGAUUAGAACAGUUCAGCCAUAUUUUGAUUUAAGCUAAAAUAAAAUGGAGGUGCGAGACUUAGCUUCGAACAACCAGUACGGUGGUUGAAAUUAUUACACACGUCUUGUCAAAUUAUUCAUUUUACAUUAUCUAGUUUUUAACUAUUAUAGUGAGAAUUGCCAACUCGUUAUCGAAUCUUCCAUAAUGUAUCUUUAACUAUUGGUUAAACAAAACGUCGAUGGUAUUUUGUAAUCAAACUCAAUUGAUCAUUAAUCAUUAAUUGGAUUAUCAUUAUUUGCUUGAAAACGAUAUCUGUAUGUGUAUCGAAACGUAGCAUGUUAAUAAAUUCAGAAGUAGUAUAUCCAUAUAAGUGUGUUUUAUUUUUAGUGAAAUCUAUUUCUAUAUGUCUUAUAAGGGUCUUAUAAGGAUUAUAUAACAUACUUAUAAAAAAUAUAUACUGGUUUAUUUAGGCGACGUUCCGACCUGUAUUCUCUUGGCGUUUUUAAGCUUAAUAAAUCAGCAGCUGUUUUCAAUAAGUCUUUAGUUAAGUGCUAUAGUUUAUUAAACAUGCAUUAUGCAAGAGCAAAUUCUGCUUAUUACAAGUCUUUCUUUAGGUCUGAAAUGUUAUCUAAAUUAUCAAUUAGACAUUAAUUAACUUAUCCAGACCAUAAUAAACUCUCGAUGUCAAGGCUAGCCUUCGAUGUUGGCUGGAUUAGAUUCCUAUAUGCCACUAACGGCCAUUGAUAAUUUUAAAAUAAAAAAAAGUGGAUAAUCGAGACUAUGCUGUUUAUAUUAAUGAUUUUAGUAAUGAUGACCGAGACUAUGCAAAAAAUUUCAACCGCUUCUUUCACGGCUCAUAGUGGAUCAAUUUGACUGAAAUUUUCAGCAAAUUACCUUUACACUAUCUAGUUUUUAACUAUUAUAGCGAGAACUGCCAUCUCUUUAUCUUAUCUCCCAUAAUGUAUCUUUAACUAUAACUAUGUUAAACAUCGUAUAACCGUUAUACGAUGUUUAACAAAUAGGUAUACUAUAACUUGUACACAAAUAUAACCAAUAUAGUCUAAUUGGAAUGUUUGAUACUACUUGUUAAACGUCUUAUAACAUGUUCACAAAUAUAACCAAGUAGUCUAAUUGGAAUGUUUGAUACUAUGUGUUUAAACAUACAUUAUACAAGAGCUAAAUCUGCCUAUUGCAGGUCUUUCUUUGUUAUAUAAAUUAUUAAUUAGACAUUUAUUAACAAAACAAGACCAUCGAUGGCAUCGGAUACUCGAGAUUUCAACUAGAUUAGAACGAUUCGCCAUUUAAAAAUUUAAUUUAAAAAUGGGAAAGCGAGGCUAAGAGCAUGGUUACCACUAUGCACACAUCUUGUCAAAACUACAAACAGAGAUAACUUGGCUCAGAAUAAAGUAAUUUGAAAGAUAUUUUCAGUAUUCCCUUUUUUGAUCAUCUAUAUUUGAAUUAUUAUGGCCAACUCUUUAUUAAACUCUUAAAGGCUCAAUACCACUCUUGUUGCAACUAAAUAAUAUUUCCCAAUCAUUAUUCUGGUCAACAAAAUGUACUAUUAUACAAUAUUCCAAUUAAUUGAUGAUACAAAUUUCAUUUUACCUAAUUUUAAAAAUUGGAAAAAUUCAACGAAAUGAUUUGAAAAGCCUGACGUAAAGCUUUUCAAAGGUUACUUGGAUUUAAAAAUAUUUUUGAACUCUCUGGACAAGUAAAAUAGGAUUUAAUGGAUAAUUUACACAACAGGUAGGACACUAACACAUCUAGUACUUAGAAUAAGGCUAUUUUUUAUUUUCUGGAGCUGUCAAGCCAGCAAGAGUGUUAUUUUCCCUUUAAAUAAUGUAUCUUUAACAUCUUAUAACAUGUCUACUAAUAGUAUUUGGGUGUUGCCAUGGUUAUUAAUAACUAUGAGAUUGUAUAUCACUUUACCUUCCAAACUAUGUUCAAGGAUGUUGAUGAACGAAGUAAUUCAUUGAUACAUUUAACAGAUUUAAAUAUGAUGUAUAUAUAUAUAUAUGUUAUUGUUUAAAUUAUAUUUUUGAAUUUCA